AUGGACAAGGCGUGGAUACAUAUUGAAGAUAGAUUUAUGUCUAACAAGUAUGCAUCGGGGGUUAAACAUUUCAUGAAUAUGGCACAGGAGCAUGCACAAGGGGGCAUUGGCAUUAGGUGUCCUUGUCGUACAUGUCGUAAUAUGCUCUUCCAGCCAAUAAAUGUGGCUGAUGAGCAUUUAUUUAUUAUGGGGAUUGAUCCUUCUUAUAAGGAUUGGAUUUUUCAUGAAGAGGAGGAAGUGUUGGAUGUUAAUUCAUUAGAAGAAGGUGAUGAUGCAAGCGAAAAUAAUGCCUAUAUUGAUAAUAUGGAUGAGAUGCUGGAUGACAUUCAGGCUGAGGCUCCUAUGGACCAGUCCGGAGGUUCUCAAAUACUUGGUACUAAUGGUGUGACACCUGGUGGUUCUUCAGCAACCUUUUCAGAAUUGUUAGAAGAUGCACAGAGUCCACUUUAUCCAUCAUGCUUGACAUUUUCAAACCUUUCUUUUAUCGUAAAGUUGCUUCAUAUCAAGACAAUUGGUGGUUGGAAUGUUAAAUCCUUUAACAUGGUCAUCAAGCUCCUGAAAUCUGCAUUUCUUGAUGCUCUUCUCCCUAACUCAUACAAUGAUGCAUGCCGAUUGGAACGUGGCCUCAGGUUUAAUUACACAAAGAUAGAUGCUUGUUUGAAUGAUUGUGUUUUAUUUUGGAAGGAACAUUCUGAUAAAGAGAAGUGCCCAAAAUACAACACUCCGAGAUGGGUGUUAAGUAGUACUAAGCAAAAGAAAAUUCCACACAAAGUGGUCAGACAUUUCCCGUUGAUCCCAAGGCUACAAAAACUAUUUGUGUCUAAUAUGACUACCGGGGCAAUGAGAUGGCAUGCUACUGAACGCGUCAACGAUUCUAAUGUAAUGAGGCACCCUGCAUAUUUGAAGGUAUGGAAAGAUUUUGACGUGCAGUACCCUUAG